UCGUCUGCGAUGAUGACAUUGGCACGGGCGGUUCUGGUAGUAGCUUUUUUAGGCGUAGUAGCAUGCCGCGCGGUACUGACUGAGGAAGGAAGCGUUAUUCUGGACGGUAACAUAACGCUCGGCGGGCUGUUUCCCGUGCACAGCCGCGGCCCGAACGGGGUGGGCUGCGGGGAGGUGAAGGAAGAAGCCGGUGUACAGCGGAUGGAGGCAAUGCUGUACGCCAUCGACAAGAUCAACCGGGACGACACGCUCCUGCCAGGGGUGACUCUGGGCGCACACGUCCUGGACACCUGCUCCAGCGAUACCCACGCUCUCGGUAAAGCCAUGACGUUCUUCAUCAAAGACCGGUCGGUCUAUGAUGGCCCGGACACCACCGGUGCGUCCGUCAGGGACGCCGUGUGUAAGGACGGCGCGCCGGCAUUCAAGAAGCCCCGCCGGCCCGUCGUGGGCGUCAUCGGGGCAGCCUCCAGUUCAGUCUCCGUCAACGUGGCCAACAUUCUACGGCUCUUUAAGAUCCCACAGAUCAGCUACGCGUCCACCAGUGCUGAGUUGAGUGACAAGUCCCGGUUUGACUACUUCUCCCGCGUGGUCCCCCCGGACACGUACCAGGCGCAGGCCAUGGUGGACCUGGCGAAGGAGCUGGGCUGGACCUACGUCUCCACCGUGGCUUCUGAAGGGAACUACGGAGAAAACGGCGUAGAGACCUUCGCGGCACGGGCAAGGCAAAAUGGUGUCUGCAUUGCGGCGUCAGAGAAGAUCGACCGCCACGCUUCAGAUGAGACCUUUGAAGAUAUCAUAGAGUAUCUUGGAAAGACGCCCAAAGCCAGAGCUGUUAUCGUCUUUGCUGAUGAAGACGAUCUGAAGAAGCUUAUUGCUGCAGCCAAGAGACUUGGCGUCGACAGACAUCUCCUGUGGGUGGGCAGUGACAGCUGGGGCACAAAGGUCACGCCGGUGGAGGGCCAAGAAGAGACCGCCGAGGGGGCCAUCACAAUUCUCUUCAAGAGCAAAACGAUCUCAGAGUUUGACAGUUACUUCACGAAGCUGAAGCCUGAGAACAACAGACGGGACGUGUGGUUUGAGGAGUACUGGGAGAGCCACUUCCACUGCAGAUUCAACAUCUCCAGCGACUCAGGGACCAGCGCCGGUCUACGGAGAUGUACAGGUAAAAAGACGGUGUCGACUGACUCUGGGUACGUGCAGGAGGGAAAAGUGCAGUUUGUCGUCGAUUCUGUGUACGCCAUGGCACACGCCUUACAUGACAUGCGCAAUGACCUUUGCCCGGGUACAACAUCUGGGCUCUGUGAAGAAAUGGAACACUGGAACAAUGUGCAUGGCGAACAGUUCCUGGAAUACAUCCGCAACGUAACUUUCAGGGGCAUUGGUGGCGACACGGUGGCAUUUAAUGCACUAGGAGACGGCCCAGGUCGGUACGACAUCUACCAGUACCAGAACAAGAACGGCGUGUACCAGUAUGUCCCCAUCGGUACGUGGGACGACAGUAGAGCCCGGAGACUGAGCCUGAGGCCGUCGCUUCUCCACUGGCCUGGGAACCAGACCAUGGCAUCACCCACGUCGAUCUGCAGCUCAGAAUGCGCGCCUGGAGAGAGGAAGAUCCAGCAAGCCUCGGCGUGCUGCUGGGUUUGCCAGAGAUGUGAGCGGGCCACGCAGAGACUCAGAGACGAGUCCACGUGCGAAGACUGCCCCGAAGGACAGAAACCUGGAGCCAACUGGACAACAUGCGAAGACAUCCGCAUCAGGAGCGUCAGUUGGACAUCUCUGUACUCCUCGAUCCCCAUCGUGUUUUCAGUCCUCGGGAUUCUUGUGGUGGCGACGGUGGUGGGUAUUUACAAAGUCUACUCGGACACUCCCGUGGUCAGGGCGUCUGGAAGAGAACUGAGCUACGUUCUACUGGCUGGGAUCUUCCUAUGCUACUGCAUGACGUUCAUCCUACUCUCGCCCCCCUCCCCCGUCACAUGCUGCGUGACCAGGGUCUUCCUCGGCCUGGGCCUCGCCAUGUGCUACUCCGCUCUCCUCAUCAAGACCAACCGCAUCUACAGAAUAUUCGAAGACGGCAAGAAGUCGGCGAAAGCGGUGAAAUGGAUCAGUCCCAAAUCCCAGCUCAUCUUUUGCGCGCUGUUCGUUUCUAUUCAACUGUUUGCCGUGGUUGUGUGGCUGGUGGUGGACCCGCCGGACACGUACGUAGAGUACACGGCCAUAGAGUCACCCGACGCCGUCGGCGUGCGAAGAUGUAACGUCAGCGACACCUCCCUAGUCAUCUCGCUGGCCUACAACAUGCUCCUGGUCGUCCUCUGCACAGUGUACGCCUUCAUGACGAGAAACAUUCCCUCCAGUUAUAACGAGUCGAAGUACAUCGCCUUCAGCAUGUACACCACCUGUAUCGUCUGGCUGGCCUUCAUCCCAAUCUUCUUCGGUACGGCUCACUCUCCUGAAAAGAUGCAGAUACAGGUGACCACACUGACGGUGUCCAUCUCCAUGAGCGGGACGGUCUCCCUCGCCUGUCUCUUCGCGCCAAAAGUCUACAUCAUCCUGUUCCAGCCGCACAAGAACGUCCGCGCGUCGUCUGCAACCAAAGCCGCCAUGGUGGCCAAGAGAUGGCAGCAGGUCGCGCGCAAGCGCAGUGAACAGAGGUCAUCGGUGUCAGUCGUCAUGCGCAAUGGUGACUUAGAGGUGUCCUCGCCAGAACAGCCGGACAUGGACAUACAGAAAAUCCCCAGCUCGGACACCAUCGUCAGCACCAGCGACGGGAAACCUGUCUACAGAUUUGGAGCUCUGGUCGACAGAACAACGGAAGUCGCCGAAUCAGGCGUGCUGACCACGAAUGUGUGA